UCCUCGUCAACCAACAGCGCCCGUAUCUUGCAGCGGACACUUGGACAAUUUUCGUUUGUUUUGCUGUGUCGUCUUUUUUAGUCUAAAAAAGUCUCUUUAGUUUAAUUUUAAUCUUCAGAACAUUCCGUGUUUGCCCAAGAACUGAACGACAUCGGAUGUGCCGUGAAAUAUUUGUGGGAUCACAAGAAAAGCGCCAGUGAAGUGUGAGAACAAAAAAAAGUUACCUUCACAGCAAAGUUCGGAUGCGUUUUUGUUGAAUUGAAAAUGAAAUGGGUGUAAAUUAAAUUAGAGGACGCAAAAUUGCUAAAGUGGUGCUACUUCUCUGCUGAAUGGUAUUCAUUGGGAAGGAAAAUGAGAGGAGUUUUCGCGAUGUAAAUCGACGGGUUUUGAGGAUGGACAGGAAGAACAAGAUCACAAAUAAGAUUGCGGAGGAGAAGGAGGGUGAGGGUGGCGGCAAGGUGAUGGAUAAAAAUGAAAGUGGUGCUGCCAAUUGUCUGGGGAAGCGCAAAAAGGGCUCCAGGACGCGUCAGGGGGCAUCAACAUCAACGAGGAGCUGCACAAAUUGGAGCCUGGAUAAGUGGUUGGAGAAUUGUAUGCACCCCGACAGUGGAAUCUCCAAUUCUUCACCAUCAGCAGCUGGAUCGGUAAUACGCGAGAACAAUUCUUCACCAAGAAUUUUUCCCACAAUGUCCCAGGUGUAUGCUGCUAAUGCCUACGAACCGGUGUACAACCAUACACCUCUCAGCUACUCCACACCAGACACUUCUGCGCUGAAGAAUGGACCCGGCAGUCCUCCAAGUGAGCACGACCGAGAGAAUGCCCCAAAGUUGCCGGAGAACCUCCAGGGGGCGGCGGACAUGGAGAAGAACAGAUUCAGCGAUUUAGGGAUGACAAGUAUGUCGGACAAUGACUCCAAGGAGCGUGAUGAGGAGGACGAAUUGAGUCCCACAAGCUCAAGAGAUCUCUCCAAUAAUACAAAUACCCGACCACAGAUUGAUGGGGCAACGGCAAAAGAUGGAAAACUUCUCGUGACGCUCUUGGAGCAGAUAUCUCUACUUCACGAUACAAAUGCAAAAAUCUGCCGAAAUUUGCAUGAGACGAAAGUUGAGAUUGAGGCUUUGAAACAUGCACCUAAUUGGAAUCUACGUCACCGUAGAGAUAGUAGCGUUAGUGGAUUUAGCACCCACAGUCAACCAUUGGGUUAUGUCUUUGGCACACACAGUCCAGCACCAACGUAUCACUCAGGUAUGUACACACCAGGAAUGGUGACUGAUGUCAUCCGUGAGGUUCGCGAUGGUGCACGGAUACGUGAAGAGGCCAUGAUUCAUAAAGUGAAAUCCAUGCUUGAGGAGAACUCGUGGGCUAUGAGUGAGAUGAAGAUCAAAAUGAUGAUGGAAAUGGAGGAACUGAAGCGAGAGGUGCAGCAUUUGAGGUCGGAUAAGAAGGAAUUGAGCAAUAAGGUGGUGAAGAUGGAGAAUGAAAUUGAAGCAUUGCGGACAAUGGUGAAUAGUCAUCCGGCAAAGCAGCAGCAGAAGAGCAACAAUUCGGUCGAAGGGGAGAAGCAUUUACUGAAUAAUUCACACGUAAACUACGGCGUGAUUAAGCAGGAAGAGGGAGAAUUCUACGAGGUGGAUAUUGUUAGUUCUCCGGGGAAGAAGUAUUCGCCCGUCUAUGAGAAUCGUGUCGCGAAGCCUGUGACGGUGAAUGCGGAUCAGAAUCGCUUCUACACACCCCAGGUGCUCAAUAAUGGUAGCAAUCGUCCGCUGGAUGUGACGAAGAAUUUUUCAUCGGGACAUUUGGUGCAGCAGGAGAAGGAUACGCUGGAGCUCAGGCGAGAGCUGCAGGAUGCAAUUGCGGGGAAGAAGAAUGCAGAGAAAAGAAUUCUCGACUUGGAGCGUACUGUGGCAAAUUUGCAGAAAGGAACCCCUUCGCGCUCAAGUCCUCCAACAGACGGUUCACCGGACAUCACGACAAAUUCCAGCACAGCUAAAAGUGCCGAAAGGCAUUCAUCACACGUAAAAAUUGAUCUUGAAUCACCAAUUAGCAGCAAGAAUUCCACAAUUAUUCCAAUUGCCUCGCAAAUUCAGAGUGUCGUUCCAAAGGGGAAAGUUUGUCUCACGGGGAUGGUAACGGAUCUUUAGGGAAAAACACACACACAGACACACCCCCCCCCAAACACAAAUCCUCACCCUCGAAUAAUUCCAAAAUUAAAAACAAUUCGAAUAACUGGAAAAGGGUUGGAGAUGGAAAAUUCGUGCCAUUUUGUCUUUUUUUUUUUUUUACUUAAAAGGAAGAAGAAAAUUCUUGAUUUUUUUUCUUCACAUAAUUCACAUUCACACGACAUUUUUUCACGUACAACUCAUUGAUGUACUUUUAUUUUAAUUUCUAAAAACUAAUAUUUAUAUUAACGCAAACAUAAUUAUAGUGCCUUUAAUUAUUAUAUUGCCUUCACAUAAAAUGGAGCGAGAAAAGUGAAUAAGAAAUAUUUUUGACUUCUUUUGGGAAAUAUAGAACAUUACGUAAGAAAAA